ACUGCUGACUAGUUUGCUAAGCCGUCGUUGCACAGCACUGGACAAUUUGGCGGUGUUUAUUUGGGAUUUCGUGUUUCGGCUUAUUUUGGUGCCAAAUACAUAAGUAUUAGCAAAAAAAAGAGAUAUAUAUAAAAUAAAAUAAUAAAUAAUGUCAAUAACACUCGAUUUCGAUGCUAAGCAACUGGAUAACAAGAGGCCACUGCAACUCCAUUGCUUACCAGCUAAAAUCGAUGGCAAUGGCGAAUGUGGAAAUGUGGAUAAGUUUUUCAACAAUUAUACGCGGGAAUCAUCAGAAUAUGGUUCCGGCAUCCUAACAAAUUCACUGCGAGGCUAUCCUCUAUUGGGUAAGCGCGAACCAGUGCCCAAAGGGUUUAAGGGCGUAGUCGUGCAAGAAACUGACCCGCAUCAGGAACAACGUCAACUACGUCUGACUGGCACCUUUGAGGACUUUACGUACUGGAAUUAUGACAAAGUACCGUCCAAAGGUGACGCAUAUCAGCAGGCAUUAAUCAUGUUGGAUGUGGCCGAUGCGCUCGCAACUCCCGUAAGCGAAGAGCAGCUUGAAGAAGAACUGAAACGUUAUCAGCAGGCAAAGAAAGAAAACGCAUAAGACUUGGUGCGCUUACAGCGUUUAGUAUAAUAUAUAGUAUUCCAAAAGCUAAUCAGAUAUUUUCACAAUUCGUACUCUUUAGACUUAUAAUUUGUAUAAAAUAUUCAAAUAUAUAAAUACGUAUGUAUGUUAUGUUUA